AAUGAAAAUGCAUCGCUAUCUACAGUCAUGCAUGGGGCAUCAGUAAACUUGUUGGAAGCUGCUGGCUAUAACAGUGAUUGUUUUGGUCGUAAACGGAGAUUACACUGAAAUUACACGAGCUAACUUUAGCAGGGAAUAGCAACGACUAACGUCAACAAGUUUUGAGACACCUAGAGCUAUCCUGGAAUAGCUAGCGAUAACGUUAGCUAGUGUCGAACUUUUGACUCAUCUUCAAGUGAAAUCUUAUUUGUGGCAGCGGAAGCAAAGCAAUUAUGUUUAUCAUCUGAUUUACAAACCCGGCGGUAUCCAGGUGUUUGCACUUACAAAUUUUCUCCAGCAAUGGAUGGGGUUAUGAGCAAGAAGUUGUUGAAGGAGGCCUUCGUCAGCAAUUUGAAUGGCACAACUUUGGGAGAAGUUGCUUUUGGAUCCUUGGUAGCACCCCUGUGUGUGCUGAGCCGAGGGUUAUUUUUCAUCCUUUAUUAUCGCGGCAAAGAGACUUUUCCACUUUCCUGGAAGUCUCACUUUCUGUUAGACUUUACCUUCUUAGUACUUCCUUUGGUCCUGUACUCCACCUUAUUCAGUGGGGUGCUUUAUCUGGCCAUCACAGGCCUUGCAGUGAUUGACGUUGGUGUACUUUACCAAGUAUACCAAAAGAAGAAACCGGCAGCACCAUUACUUGAUCUAAUGAAGAGGUUUCUCCAGAGCAAAGUUGAGACUAAUUUGGUACCAUUUGUAACUGUUUUUAGAGUGCAAGUUAAUGUAAAAACGGCCUUAUGCAUUCUGGCAGUUGACUUCAGUGUGUUCCCACGACGCUAUGCGAAAACGGAGACCUACGGAACUGGUGUCAUGGACCUAGGUGUUGGAGCUUACAUACUUGCAAAUGCAAUUGUCUGUCCUGAGGCACGGAGAAAAGAAAAGAAGGGGUCGAAUUUCAGCCAUGUUGUGAGACAACUGUGGUCUGUCUGGCCCUUGGUUUUGCUUGGGAUGGCAAGGAUGAUUAGUGUGAAAAUGUCAGGAUAUCAGGAGCAUGUGUCCGAGUAUGGAGUUCACUGGAACUUUUUUUUCACUUUAGCAAUAGUGAGAGUCAUAGCAUCCAUAAUUUUGGCUAUAUUUCCAGUCAAGAAAUCCUGGCUUUUUGCACUUUUGAUUUCUGGAAUUUAUCAGGUUGUCCUCGAGACAACUAGCUUGAAAACUUUCAUUAUCCACAGUGAAGAUAGGACUGGGAGUUUUCUUGCUGCUAACCGAGAGGGCAUCUUCUCUGUGUUUGGCUAUGUAGCUAUUUACAUGGCAGGAGUGCAAGUCGGGCUGUACAUAAUGGAAACACGACUACUGAUCAAAGACUGGUUGAAAGUUAUUCAGAAGCUAUUAAUUGUAAGUUUUCUAUUAUAUGUGAUGUUACACUUCUGUCAAAUACACAUAGAACCAGUUUCACGUCGGAUGGCCAAUCUGCCUUACUGUGUCUGGAUUAUUGCUGAAUGCAUGUACUUCUUGACUUGUUUAAGUGUUGUUGAUGUCGUUUUACUAUUUGCAAAAGCCCUGACAAAUUGUUACAUCAUUCCAACCUCAUGGAAUCUGCAUCAAGAUGAUGAAAUGAAGAAAGCAAAUCCAAGAACGGAAAUGGAAGGCUUAUGCCUUAUUCAAUCUGUGAACCGAAAUCAACUCUUAUUUUUCAUGAUUGCAAAUCUAAUGACAGGACUUACAAAUGUAAUUGUAGAUACUGUGAAUAGUAAUGAUUUGUUUUCUGUGUCUGUUUUGCUUAUGUACAUGUUCAUUAAUAGUGCUGUAAUUUUCAUAUUGCACCGCAAAGGAAUAACAGUAAAGUUUUGGUAGGCCCCCUCACUUUUGUAUGUAAAAGAAACCUGUCAACAUAGACAGAUUAACAAUCCACAGCAUGCUUUGUAUAUAUGUACUACUGCUUGUACAACCAUUGACUACUGUUAAACAAUUUAAAUGUUAUGAUCUUCUCUCACAGCAGAUGCAGUAUUGUAUUUGAGAUUCUGAUAUGGACUACUGAGGGAUGCAGGUGUGUUUCAGUUUUAGAGAGAAAAGUAUGCUCAGGAAAAGCAAAUGUGACAAGAUCAAUAAUAAUAAAAACAAAAUGUGGGUGUGGGUACUACACAUAUGGUGGUUAGUGAGGUUCCUCCAUCACGGUGAAGCGCUUUGGGUGUCUUGAAAAGCGCCAUAUAAAUGCAAGUUGUUGUCUAUAUGAUAUUUUUUGUAAGGUAAUGCCAAAAAGAGAACUGUUGGACACAACUCACAUGAGUCAUAAUUCCAACAUGAUCAUUAGGUAGAAGGUACUGCUUAUAAUAUUGCACCCUUUUUUACGUUCUGGUGUGUUAUGCCCCUACCUGGUCAAUAAAAGAAGACAUGCCAUUCUUUA